AUGUCCGACUCUCACACCGCCACCGACGUAAUAACCUACAUCGGCGUGCCGCUCGCCGUGCUCGGCGUCCUCCCCAUCCUCUACAACACCGUCGCCACCCUCGCGGCCCUCUCCCGCAUCAAGCGCAUGCUGCGCCAGCAGUCGGGCCUCUCCCAUGGCAGCUACCUCACGCGCUCGGACGUGGUCAACCGCGUCAUCGAAGUCGACCUCCCUCGGUACGCGGUCCGGCCUUGGGAUCGGUUCACAGAUGGGGAGCGGUACUGGCGUUUGUCCAGGAAGGUUAGUUCCAUCAGGGGAGGGAGCUGGACAAGGUUUAAUUGGCGCGUCAGGGUCGUGGGCAUGGAACGGCAGCGGGUCGAGUACGCGGAUCAGUUACGCCAGCCGCAAGUGGAAAUCUUGUUCGAGGAACUGAUCUGCUACCUGUUAGACCUGGGCGCGGUGCCGGACCCCCACGGGUGGCGGGUGCUGAGGUCGACCGGGCUUUGGACGCCGGUCGGAUGUGCGCUGAUGAUGAGCCCGGAUGGGAGGGAGAAGGCGCUGACAAUCGCGCCGCCGGAUGGGUCGGAUGGGCAUUUGAGUUUGGCAGUUGCGUGGAGGGAGGAGUGGACGGUACGAGGGGCGGGGGAUUUGCCGCCUUAUUGGGUGAGGUUGAUGCCGGCUGGGGAAGGGGUUAGGUUUGAGUUGAAAGAGGUGGGGCAGGGUGAGGCUCAAGGGCAGGUCGAGGAGUCGACUCAGGUUGAGGGAGAAGGUUCAGCUUCGAAAGAGGUUAGAGGGGAGGUUGGGCCUGAGGGAGAGAGUGAGCAGAAGGGGAAGAAGACGGCCGAGGAUACUACUCCUCCUGAGGUUACCAGCGCCCAAAAGUCUUCCCUCGACUCAACCGCUACCAGGUCCUCCCUCUACUCCUCGCACCCUAUUACCUGCCAAAUCUCCGCCGAGGGCAUUGUCACCGCCCUCUCUGACGCAAACCCCCCAUCCCCCUCUCCUCGAGCCGACCAUUUAUCCCCGUUCAACGAUGCCCCUCCCCCCUAUAGCAGCUCAUCAUCUCUCCACAACCCAACCAACACCCUCUACAUCGAACAUCUCCGCAUCCGACCUUCAUCCAUCCUAACCUCACCUCCAUCAGGCGUUCCCCCAUCCACAGGUACCUGGUUCGCCAGUCUAGCGACCGCCUACGGCACCUCGAGCCAAACCAUCCUUUGGCACUACAAGAUCCCCGACAGCAUCCUACUUUUCGCGAGGAGAGAGACAGUUCCCUGCGGGGUGCUAGUCUUACUGGACAUUGUGGAUGAAAGCACCACGCCCGAAUGGCUUUCGCAGAGCGCGAAGCAGGCGGAGGAGGAGGACAAAGCAAGAAGGUUAGAGCUGUUGGCGGCGAGGGCACGGGAGCAGAGGGUGGCGAUGGAGAGGGAGAUGAGGUGUAAGGAUCCUGUGGAGAGGGGAAAGAUGGUGAGGGAACGGAUGUUGAGGGAGGGGGAGGAAAGAUUGAGGGAUGUCAAAGAACGCAUUCGGCUCGAGGCUCAGCGCAAAGAAAUCCGCAUUCAUGACGCGCUGCUGCAGAGUCCGAAAUGGGAUCCUAGACUCGUUGCUGAGCAUUGUCUGGCCUGGCUCGAGGCUAAGAGGCUGGUCCCAUCAGCGCUGUUCGACCCAGCUCCGUCAUCCUCUUCGAGUUCUUCCCGCCAGCCUAGCUCGGAGAUCAAAGACAUCGUCGGCAUGCUACUCCAUCGCAUGGUCCUCGACGGGCAGUUUGCCGGCACAAUAUGCCGGAUGUUAGACGUGUGGAAGGCGUGGGCUGAGAACGGGGGCAUGAGGAGGUCUGAUUUGGAGACGCUGGAGAAGGACCCAGUGACGUUCGCUUUUGCUGCGCUGAUGGUUGCCGUGCUGAAGGACUCGUCCACAGCGCUGGAGGGUACGUUGGCGAUGGAUCUGCAGGAGUGCCUGCGGAUGUGGAAGGUUGUGAGGUUGGGUUGA